GCGAUCUGCUUGAAUUUUGUGGGGUUUGGGAUAUAGCCGUAGGUUUGAUUGAUUGGAUCUGGGAGUUACUGAGGCAUGCUUUGUAAGUGAUAGUAGACUUAGUAGUGAGUUUGGUGUAGUGGGUUCUGAUGACAAUGCCGUCGGGGAAUGUGGUUUUAUCGGACAAAAUGCAGUUUCCUAGUGGUGGGGGCGGUGCGGCCGUUGGAGGCGGCGAGAUCCACCAGCACCCCCGUCAGUGGUUCCCGGAUGAGCGUGAUGGGUUCAUCUCGUGGUUGCGCGGAGAAUUCGCAGCGGCAAAUACCAUUAUAGACUCCCUUUGCCACCAUUUACGUGCAGUUGGUGAUCCAGGCGAGUACGACGUCGUUAUCGGGUGUAUUCAGCAGAGGAGGUGCAAUUGGAACCCUGUGCUUCAUAUGCAACAAUACUUUUCCGUUGCGGAGGUGAUAUAUGCACUGCAACAUGUUGCCUGGAGGAGGCAGCAGAUGCAAUAUGAUCCUGUAAAAGUGGGGACCAAGGAGUAUAAGAGAUCCGCUUCGGGGUUUAACAAGGACCAACAGAGGGCUGAGCAUUUCAAGGAAGGACAUAAUUUUAGGACAGAGGUUCAUAGUUAUGAUGGGAAUUCUUCGGGGCUUGUUGCUUCGGAGAAAGUUGAGCGGGGAAGCGAUGUAGCUGAGGAAGUUAAGCCCCGUGGCGAGGUUGGGAAGUUGGAUGAUAACGGUUUAGCGCCUGCUGGAGAGAAAAAAGAUGCUCUUACAAAACCUCAAGAAGAUAGCAGAUUAAGGAGUUCAGGGAAUUCACAGCAGACUAUAUAUUGCAAUUUAGAACCUGAAGUUGCGGUAGGAGAUGGAUGCACCUCAAGCUCUAAAGAGAAUGAAUCACAUUCUAUCCAAAUUCAGAAUGCAAAGCAGAACCUUCCCGUUGUUCCUAAAACUUUUGUUGGCAACGAGUUAAUAGAUGGAAAGACGGUUAAUGUGGUCGAUGGACUGAAAUUAUUUGAAGGAUUGCUUGGUGACACAGAAGUCUCCAAACUUGUUUCUUUGGCUAAUGAUUUAAGGGUUGCAGGGAAAAGAGGACAAUUGCAAGCUCAGACAUAUGUGGUCUCAAAGAGGCCCAUGAGGGGACAUGGAAGAGAAAUGAUUCAAUUGGGCCUACCUGUUACUGAUGCUCCAUCUGAAGAUGAAAUUUCUGCAGGAACCUCCAAAGAUCGGAGAAUAGAAGCCAUCCCUUCCUUGCUGCAGGAUGUUAUAGAUCGCUUGGAUGGGAUGCAAGUUACGACUGUGAAGCCAGACUCUUGUAUCAUUGACUUUUAUAACGAGGGAGAUCAUUCACACCCUCACACGUGGCCACCUUGGUUUGGAAGGCCUGUUUGCAUUCUGUUACUGACAGAAUGUGACAUGACUUUUGGGAGAGUACUAGUAUCAGACCAUCCUGGGGAUUAUAGAGGCUCCCUCAAGCUUUCUCUUACACCUGGAUCCCUCCUUUUGCUGCAAGGGAAAUCCACAGAUUUUGCUAAACAUGCAAUACCUUCUAUCCGAAAGCAACGCAUACUUGUUACUUUCACAAAGUCUCAACCAAAGAAAUCGAUGAUGAGCGAUGGUCAACGCUUUCCUGGACCUACUCCAGCUCAGUCAUCUCACUGGGGUCCAGCAUCUGGUAGAUCUCCAAGUCACAUCCGGCAUCCUGCUGGUCCCAAGCACUAUGCGGCAGUUCCAACAACUGGUGUUUUGCCAGCCCCACCAAUUCGGUCCCAACUUCCACCUCCAAAUGGCAUCCAGCCAUUGUUUGUGCCAGCUCCGGUAGGACCAGCAAUACCUUUUGCCACAGCAGUUCCCAUGCCACCUGUUUCAGCUGGAUGGGCAGCAGCUCCCAGGCAUCCUCCGCCUCGCAUCCCUCUACCUGGCACUGGAGUUUUCCUCCCUCCCCCAGGUUCGGGUAACUCAUCAGCUCCUCAACAGCUGCCUUAUAUUGCAACUCAAAAGAGCCCUGCUGUUGAGAUUCCACCCCAGAUAGAGAAAGAGAACGGGUCUGCAAAAUCCAACCAUAGCACUACGCCUUCUCCAAGAGGAAAGUCGGAUGGGAAAGCUGAGAGACACGAGUGCAAUGGAAGGGCGGACGGAACUGGCAGUGGAAGAGCAGUCGUUGAAGAAGAACAUCAGGACUCCGACAGUGUGACACCAAGCAAUCAAGCCGGAGCAGUAUAGGGGAGGGAGGGAGGGAGAGAGAGAGAGAGAGAGAGAGAGAGAGAGAGAGCGAGAGAGAUUAAGGAAGAAACAGAGUAGAGGCUGCAAACUGCAACGAGAGUUGGAAACAAAUGUAAAGAGCGGCGAGAGUGGAGCUAAAAUCGUAGUAAGCAAGAGGAACAGGCGGAAGAAGUUACCGUUUCUCUUUGGGAGGAUGGAUUGAGAGAUCAUCCCUUUUCCUCUUUUUGUUUUUUGGUUAAUCUUAUGUCACAUCAACUCUUACACUAGUAGUUGCAAAGCAAACCACGUUAUGAAUCA